CGUGCAGCGCGCGCGGCCCCGUGCCUGUAAACGGGGCGGCGCCGUUCUCUUGUUCGCCAUACUUGCACAAGGGCUCAGAGCAGCGAACGCACUUACUGCAGAGGCACCUGAAAUCACUGCGGCUUUUUAACUUUAAGACAUGGCUGAGGAUGAGGUGACCCCAGAGCAGCUAGCAGCCAUUGCCGCCGAAAAUGAGGAGCCAGAACCAGUAAACUAUAAACCACCAGCGCAGAAGUCUGUGAAAGAGAUCCAGGAGCUGGAUAAAGAUGACGAAAGUCUACGCAAAUACAAAGAAGCCCUGCUUGGCCCCGGGAUUACUGAAGCUGAUCCAAAUGCCCCUAAUGUCCAGGUAACCCGAAUGUCUCUCGUGUGUGAAAGUGCACCAAAUCCCCUGGUUUUGGACCUGCAAGGAGACCUAGAAGCCUUUAAGAAGCAGGCCUUCGUGCUAAAGGAGGGCGUAGAAUACAAAAUCAAAAUCAGCUUUAAGGUGAACAAGGAGAUUGUUUCGGGCCUGAAGUACGUGCAGCAGACGUUCAGGAAAGGAAUGAAAAUCGAUAAGUCAGACUACAUGGUGGGCAGCUACGGCCCGCGCCCCAAUGAAUACGACUUCCUGACCACGAUGGAGGAGGCUCCUAAAGGCAUGCUGGCCCGCGGCAACUACGUCAUCAAAUCCAAGUUCACCGACGACGACAAGCACGACCACCUGUCCUGGGAGUGGAACCUCAACAUCAAGAAAGACUGGAACGAUUAAAAGAGGCCUUUGUGUUUGGGGCGGAGGGCUCUUCCCCUUCACCCCACUCCUCCUCCGUCCCUCCUCCCAUCCUCAUCCUGUUGUCCACCAUUUCUGCCUUCUUUGUUGUUACUUUGCAUUUCAUGCUCUCAUGCCUUAGUUGUGGCCUGGCUGUCUUGAGCUCGCCCUGCCCUCCGUCCAUCCAUCCCUUCCUCCCUCCGUCCAUCUCAUCACUACCUGCACGACGGCUCAUUGGUUGCUCACGACCCUCCUCUGUUCACAGACCUGCUAUGUAGCACCAAGCCUCCUCACACUCAGCUUUGGUCCUCCUGGUUUUAGCUGCUUGAAGAGAUUAACCCUUCCCCCCCUCGCCAGAAUGGUGUCUUCCUCUUUCAGUAUGAAGUACAUGUGGACAAGCAAAUGUACAAUCAACUUUUGUUUGCCUUUUUUUUUUAUAUCUAAUUGUAUCAAUGGUUGUGUAAUGUGACUGUAUGCACAUGUUAAUCAGCUGUUGUAUUCAUAGCUAACCCCACCGCAUCCGCUCUGCCCUUCCCUCCCUCACACUACCGUUCCUUCGCUUGGUGUCUUUUGAUACAAGAACCGAUACCUGCCUUGUAACAGUUCGAUCGGAGCUGCUCCGUAGCACCUUCACUAAAUAUAUUCGCCCACCCCAACCCCUCCAUCCAGGAGGCCGGGGCCAAAGUCAACAAGGGAGUGUCGAGUAGAAAAGUAGCUGCCUUAUGUCUAAACUUCUCAACGUGUCUUCAGUGUACGAGCAGCACUCUAUCAGUUGGUCUGUUCCUGAAAGGCUUUGUUUCAUCACCGUCCGUCGGCCUGCUGUAGCGGAGAUUGUUACCUGCACAAGGCCCCCCUCCCCACCAAUCUGAAUUAAUUCCUGCUCUCUGGAGUCCACUGAAUGUUACGACUGAAUUGGGGGAAAACAAACGAACACAAAGUAUUGGUAACCUUGCCUGUCUCAGCCGUGAGGCCUUAGUACCAAACUACAGUCAUGUGGAGGAAAACUAACAUUAUGAAGCUGUUUUUGCUUAUCGUUCCCGUUUUGCCUUAUUGUACACCAUUCUCACUACAUUUUUCAUCUUGAUUGUCAAGAGGAGGCGUGGAGGAGGCUGAGCCAGGCACCGCCUGCUGCUGCCGCCGCCGCCGCCGGAGACCUCGGCGGUGUCUGGGCUCAACCUGCUGACUGACCCACAACAUGAGAUCAGGUGACACUAAACUAACCAAUGUUAGAUCAAAUUAAACGUGUACUGUACCAGAGCAUCUGGAUGUAAAACACUUUGUUCUCCUUGCUAUGUUUAUUUUCCUGCGCCAUACAUUCCUUCACAUUGUACAGUUUCUAUGAAAACGCUGGCAUGCUGGUGGGGUGUAUUAUAUCAUCAUUUGUGGUUGCUCUUAUUGGUCAAUAAAGAUUUUGCUCAACUUGG